AUGCAGAUCAAGCUUGCAACCAUUGCCGCUCUCCUGGCCUCCGUCGCAUCGCCGGCUCUUGCCAGCUCCAAGGGCGCUGUUCUCGUUAACGCUCUCCAUGAGCUGACCGGGGAGAUCACGGACUCCACUAAGGUGGUAGAGGAUCUGAACCUAGUCACUUUUGCUCAAAAAGUCGGCACCUUUGCUGCUGGCUACAAGGAUAUCUUGAACCUCAAGAAUAAGCAAAAUUUCCAGGAUCCCCAGGGCAUUGAUCCUAGCGAGGAGCCUGAGGUCUGCAAUGCUUUCAUCACUUUAGCGGAAGUUGAGAAGACAUUCCUACAGAACGUCAUCGGGAAGUACGCCCUCUUCGAUAUGACCGGAUUCAAGGGUCCGGUUGGCCAACUCCUGCGCGCCGAUGAGCAGAUCAGUGAAGUAUGUGUUCCAAUUACGAUUCAUGCUUCAAGUGAAACUUACCAUUGUCAGACAAAUUACUUCAACAUUCUUGGCCUGGUUCCAUCUUGCAAGAGCGACGUCAAGGCCAAGGGCGAGGAAGUGAGCUCCAUAUUCACGGACGCUGUUCAGAAGUAUGCUUCUUAG